UUCUAUUUCGUAAGUUUCUAUUGCUACAUUCCUCGGAAUUCGUUUAAAAAUGGUACCACUUGGACCGUCACCGGGGCAUCAAACGUCUGUUAAUAAUAGUGCAAGUACUCCAACGUCUGGAACGAAGAGCAGUUCAACAUUGAAACCAAAUUACACUUUGAAAUACACUUUGGCAGGUCACACUAAAGCAGUUUCUUCAGUGAAGUUUAGCCCAAACGGAGAAUGGCUUGCUAGUUCCUCUGCGGAUAAGUUAAUCAAAAUAUGGGGAUCGUACGAUGGAAAAUUUGAAAAAACCAUAUCCGGUCACAAGCUUGGUAUUUCAGAUGUGGCAUGGUCUAGCGAUAGCAGAUUGUUGGUGUCUGCCUCUGAUGAUAAAACCUUGAAAAUAUGGGAAUUAAGUUCUGGGAAAUGCUUAAAGACAUUAAAGGGUCAUAGCAAUUAUGUGUUUUGUUGCAACUUUAACCCACAGUCGAACCUUAUAGUUUCUGGUUCUUUCGACGAAAGUGUUCGAAUAUGGGAUGUUAGAACUGGAAAAUGCCUGAAAACGUUACCCGCUCACUCCGACCCCGUAAGUGCUGUUCAUUUUAACAGGGAUGGAUCGUUGAUCGUGUCUAGUAGUUACGACGGGUUAUGUCGGAUCUGGGACACAGCAUCCGGUCAGUGUUUGAAGACUUUAAUAGACGACGACAAUCCACCGGUAUCUUUCGUUAAGUUUUCGCCAAAUGGAAAAUAUAUUUUAGCAGCGACGUUAGACAACACGUUGAAACUGUGGGAUUAUAGCAAAGGAAAAUGCUUAAAAACUUACACAGGUCAUAAGAACGAAAAAUAUUGCAUAUUUGCAAAUUUUUCAGUUACAGGCGGGAAGUGGAUCGUUUCGGGUUCAGAAGACAAUAUGGUAUAUAUUUGGAAUUUACAGACUAAAGAAAUUGUACAGAAACUACAAGGGCACACAGAUGUUGUGCUUUGUACGACGUGUCAUCCCACGGAUAACAUUAUAGCAUCAGCUGCACUUGAAAAUGAUAAAACGAUUAAACUAUGGAAGAGUGAUACAUAGAAUGGGCACAGGUUCUUUACGAUAUUUCAUCGUAGGUACUAUAAAAGAAAAACAAAAAGAAAAAAAAAAAAAGAGGUGUUCACACCUGUUGUAGACGGCCGUCUUCACUCUUUUUCUCUUAUCCUCUGUAAUUUUUCAGUUUUCCAGUUUUCCAUUUUCGCAUAAAAAUAUGUAGCAAUUUUAGCAAUUUUUAUUAGCAAACAAUUGUAUAGAGAGGCAGUAGAAUACGCGCACUCAAAUGUUUAGAUUUUAUCGAAUAUAAAUAGUACCAGAUAGGCAGGGAAGAAGAAAAAUGUACACUUUUAACGCAGCAUUUAUCUAUGCAAACUGAAAAUUAAGAAUUCAGUAAGAGUCGAAUAUAGGUGUGUAAGUUAUUAACAGUUACGGUUAUAGUAAAGAGUAAUAUGAGAAAAAAAAACUGAAGGAUACAAAUACGAGAAUGUAAUUUUUAAAAUUAUACUUAGGCGAGUGAUUGUUUUUUUUAUCGUUUUGAUAUUUAUUGUAUAGUUGAUUGAUUAUAACUACGUCAAAUGUUUAACUAAUAUACUUUUUUUUAUCUAUAACUAAAAAUAAAAUAACUGUAUGUGUAUAGUCCGUCCAACGAAACGAGUCAGUAAAUAGGUAUUAUUAAAGAAGAACUGUGCAGCGAUCCUGCGCUAUGCACCUGAAUUUCUAUACAUUUACCGACUCGUCUCGUUGGACGGACUAUCAAAGGACAUAUUUUGUAUAUAUAUACACACACACACACACACACACACAAACA